ACUCGCUCUCUCUCUCUCUCUCUCUCUCUCUCUCUCUCUCGCUCGCUCGCUCGCUAUAAAUGUCUCCUUUUCCUCCGCAUUCCCCAUGGCUACACCUCCCACUUCGCCCCCCUCGCCUCCUCCCUCGGAGAUCGGCGAGAUCUCGCUGCGGCGGUGGCGGCGUCCCAUCCUCCCGGAGAUGAUGAUGGGAGAGGGGUUUCGGCGGAUCGGUUCACAGUUCGAAUCGAUGGCUCGGAGAGUGGUACGUCAAGAGCUGGAAAAGAGACUUCACAACGACAUAAACCCAAUUCCCAGGCAACUAGUUGGCGGAGCUCAGCAUGCCAGAUAUCAUCUAGAAUUCCAGAACGAGAUAUGUCAUCCUCUUCAUACUUGUAGAAAUAUAAAAGGAAAGGCGGGGAGUGAUGUCGAAAUAGCUUUAUUUGAUAAUGAUAAAAAAGUUGUCACAUCUGGUCCUCUUUCUUCAAUUAAGGUUGAGAUUGUUGUCCUUAAUGGUGACUUUAAUAAUGACGAUCGAGAGACUUGGAGCGAGGAGGAGUUUAAUAGAAGAAUAGCACUUCCACGAGAUAACAAAGGACAAUUACUCAAAGGAGAACGAUUUAUCAAGCUGAAUAAUGGGAUUGGUUCUGUUGGGAAUAUCGCUUUUACAGAUAAUUCCAGUUCUCGAAAAACUAAAACAUUUAGGCUUGGGGUGAGAUAUGCUCAAAGUGCGCCAAAUGGAGAAAGAAUUCAAGAAGGAAUAACUGAACCUUUCAGGGUGAAGGAUCGCCGAGUAGAAUCGUCUCAAAAGCAUCCUACUCCUUCAUUGAAUGACGAAGUUUGGCGGCUUAAACACAUUAGGAAUGGUGGCAAAUUUCACGAGAAGCUUCAAGGACAUGAUAUCAAAACUGUGCAGGACCUCUUGAGAUAUUACAAUAUGGAGAAAGGCAAUCUGCGAAAGAAUCUCAGGAUGGCAGAAACUUACUGGAAAGAGAUUGUUAAACAUGCAAAGGAAUGUGAUCCAGGAGACGGGCUCUUUUCUUAUUCCAUGAGAGAGAAGAACACUGUUGUUCCUAUUGUACUUUUCUUCAACUCUGUUUAUCAUCUUGUUGGUGUGAAAUUUGGUGACUGUUAUACCACCCUUGAUAAUCUCGACGCAUCCCGACAGGAUUCAGUGGAAUCAUGGAAAAAUCUAGCAUAUAGAAACAUAAAUGGCAUGCAACUUGAUCAUAGAAUGAUUAACGGCCAUCCUAUGCCUCUCCUUUUGAGUGAUGUUACUUCCUUCCCCGGAUCAAGUACACUGCCACCUCAUAUUUCCAACUCCCAGAUAAGAAAUUCUGCGAUUUUAGCAGAUCAAGUAGAUUCUCAAGUUGGUCUUCUGCAAGAAACCUCUGUAGCAAGUGUGGAUUCACUUAAUUUACUCAUGGAACACCCUUAUAUUGAUGUGGAUAAUCAUCAACCUUCAUAUGCAACAAGCAAUCUCCCAUUGGAGAUGGGAAACUCAUCAUUUAACAAUAUCUCAACUGCUGCUCCAAAUUCAGAGUUUCCUGGUCUACCAGUCACACAUUAUGCUUCAGAAGCAUGUUUCAGGACACAGCCUUAUUCACUGGGCAAUGAAUUACUAGAGCAAUCCCGAACUACUGUAAAGGAUGUCUCGUUUGAAAGAGAUAAUUCUCUGGAUUUCACCUUUCCAAUGGAAACUGCACCUCCUGAAGAUACUUCUUACCCUCAGAGCAUGGAGUGCCUGCUGGCGAACUAUGGUACUUCAUAUGAACAAGCUACUCCAGUGUGUCCUCAGAAUCAAGUUGAGUCGUCCCCAUUCGUGGAGUCUCCGACAGCUCACUCCACUAUCUUGCGAAUGAGCAGGUUGGACUCGAUCUCCUGGUUGGACUCGAUCUCCUGCGAAGGGCCGAUCCAGACUUUCAUAAGUAAUUUUUCUACCUCAUCGGGUGGUGAAACUAGUCGUAGCGUCGCCCCACUGUCAUCGCCGCCUACGUGGGCUAAGCUUCUUGCACCGAUCAAAUGGGUGCGCUUCGCCAAGAAGGUAAGGGCUAGGAUUUUGGUUCGCCAAACCCUCGUUGCAACAGUGUGAACUAACUUAUGACCCAACUUAUAUCAAGGAUGUAUCUGUCAGACGUGAUAUAGAACAGAAUAGCAUUUCUUUGUAAGUUAUACUACGUAGAUAUGCAUUUAGAAUUACAGUAUAGUGUUAGUGUCUGGACAAUUCUGCAAUGAAGAACUUUAUUAUUUGUAUGUCUUGGCGUUCGUGUGAUCUUAAAUAUGGUGGACAAAAGAGUGUUAUGUAACUUGGAAGUGAGAUGAAUUGAUGCAUUUUCAUAUAUGCUACUACCUUGCUUGUGUUUGUAUAUUUAUGCUAA